AUGACCGGCUGGGGUAUGAGUGCUCAUGAACAAGCUCUCAUGAUCUCUUCUAAAAUUCAUGGCCUAUUUGGGUAUGCUCUGAUGGGCGCGGGUGCUCUGAGAAUUGUGGAGAUCUGCUUCGUGUUGAACGACCAGCCCACUCCAAGCUCCGGGCACGUCAGAAUUUUCCAACACUUGCCUCCUUACCUUCUCGUUCUCGGAGGCACGCUCUUCAUGUCCGCCACUGACGAAGAAAUGCACAACGCCGACAACCUCGGUAUCGACCACGUCUCCUACGCACUCUUUGACUUUUCGCUCUCUUUCUUGAUCUACCUCACUAUCACCUUCCUCGUCCAUCUUUACUCUAUUACAGGGCGCAACGCCCUCGAAUCUCGAGAUGGUGACGGCGGGGAAGGAGGGAGGGAGAUCUUCGACAGCGAGCACGAGGGACAUGGGUAUGCCAAGGUCUCCACGGACGACAGACGGUCAGGGGAAAGACGGCGAGGCGAAGCGGACGAUGGGCCAGAGGCCUUUGAGCUGGAAGAGAGAGAGUCGAGCAAUGAAAGCGAGGCGGUCAAAAUUGGAGGCGAAGACGAGGUCGAUUGGAUAGGAAGAAGAGGACCUGGGGUCGGUCUGUAG